AUGUUCGCCGCGGGGAGGCACCACACCGUCCUGCUGAGGAGCGACGGCUCCGUCGUGGCGUGCGGCCGCAACCGCGAGGGCCAGUGCGACCUCCCGGCGGCGGCGCAGAGCGUGACCUACGCGCAGGUCGCCGCCGGAGAGCGCCACACGGUCCUGCUCACGGGCGAGGGCGCGGCCGUGGCCUGCGGCCAGAACGACCAGGGCCAGUGCGACCUUCCAGCGCUGGAGCAGGGUCUGACCUACACGCAGGUCGCCGCCGGGAGGGGCCACACCGUGCUGCUGAGGAGCGACGGCGCCGCCGUGGCGUGCGGGCGAGCUGCGGAGGGCCAGUGUGACCUCCCCGUGCCCGCGAGUGGCUUGAUCUACACGCACGUUGCCGCUGGAUUCUUCCACACCCUCCUGCUCAGGAGCGACGGCGCCGCCGUCGCCCGCGGCGGGAACUGCUGCGGCCAGUGUGACCUCCCGCCAGGGCUCCCGGACGGCCUCGGCUACACGCACGUUGCCGCGGGGGAGCUCCACAGCGUUCUCCUCAGGAGCGACGGGACUAUCCAGCCGCGCUGCCGCGCACAGCCGCAAGGCCAAUGCGCCCUCCCGGCGCUGGCAGACGGCCUCAGCUACACGCAGGUUGCCGCCGGGCUCUACCACACCGCGCUGCUCCGGAGCGACGGCGCCGCCGUGGCGUGUGGCUCGAACGACCGCGGCCAGUGCGGCCUGCCCCCGCUCGCGGAGCGCCUGGCCUACGAGCAGGUCGCCGCCGGAGGCGGCCACACCGUGCUGCUCCGGAGCGACGGCGCCGCCGUGGCCUGCGGCUGGAACGGCAGCGGCCAGCGCGACCUCCCGGCCCUGCCGGCAGGCCUGGCCUACGCGGCCCACCUGCUGCCGACGCUGCUGCUGCAGGCGUCGCUGGAGGGCGACUCGGUGCGCUUCGCGACGCUCGCGGGGGCGGAGCGCUGCCGGCUGUGGGCAGCGCCCGCCACUCGCCUCGCGCGCGUCCGCGCGCGGCUGGCGGCCCACCACCGCGCGGGCCGGCUCGGCCCGAUCCUGGCGCGCGUCGACGCCGUCCUGCCAGGGGGCCGGCUGCUCAGCACGGCGGCGGCCGAGGAGACCGUCGCGAGCGCCUUCGGGCUCAGCCUGCGCUGA